CCUUCGCUCGCUGGAGAGCCGACGGUCUCGCCUCCGCACUACGCACCUGAUUGGUCGCUCCUCCUCGUCUCCACGGACGGCGAUGGCGCCGGGCUUCAAGAAGGGCGCGAAGGAUAGCCCGGUGGACAAGAUCACCGACGACAUCCUCGCCGACAUCUUCUCGCGCGUGCCCUACAAGUCAAUCUGCUGCUGCAAGUGCGUCUCCACGCGCUGGCGCGACCUCUUCUCUCACCCUGACCACCGCAAGAAGCUGCCUCAGCCCCUCGCCGGCUUCUUCCAUAAAGGCUACAACAAGAACCGGUUCCCCAGUGAAGCUCAAUAUUUCACCAAUGUCUCUGGGAAAGGUGACCCUCUCGUCCACCCUUCACUAUCGUUCCUGCCCAACUACGAUAGCCUUGACAUCUUAGACUACUGCAAUGGCCUCCUCCUCUGCCAAUGCUGCAACACAUCGGAUUAUGUGGUGUGCAAUCCCGCCACUGAGAAAUGGGUUGAUGUUCCUGCCACCGAGUGGUCCAGUGAGGCACAGGCGCGCAUCGGGUUCGACCCGGCCGUCUCCUCCCACUUCCAUGUGUUCGAGUUCAUAGAUGAGGAGGGAUGGGGUAUAGCCGAGGAGGAGCAACACGAUUGCUUCAAUCGCAUUGAAGCGCUAGCCAUAUACUCGUCUAAAGCUGGAGGAUGGAAGCAUCAAAACUUUGACGGAUUUGAGUUUGCCGUAUUCUAUGAUUCACGAAGUGUUUUUUUUAAUGGGAUCCUGCAUGUUGCUACCUCUGAGGGUUUUAUAUUAGCUAUUGAUGUGGAAGGAAAUGACCGGGGGCUCGUUACUAUUCCUAUACCACCAUACAAUGAUGAUGUUUUUGUCGACGAUAUCUUUCUAUCGCAGAGGCAGCUGUGUACUGCUUGCGUUGAUCGGUCUCAACUAACAGUAUGGGUUCUUGAGGACUAUAAGAGUGAAAAAUGGACCUUGAAGCACAAUGCCAGCCUCUUGGAAUUGUUUGGAGAAGGGUACAGAGGCACUGUCAUCUCAUUCCAUCCCGAACGUAAUUGUAUAUUCGUAGUUUGUGGGCACGAGAACACUCUAAUGUCAUACGACAUGGAUUGCAGAAAGAUGUGUUCUAUAUGUCAACUUGAACGGGAUUGUCAACCUAAGCGGGUCAAGACUCCUUUUCUCCCAUAUGUUCCAUUGUACUCAGAGCCAUUGGCAGAUGGGAACUAA